AUGAUACACUGUACAGUACAGUGUACAGUUAUACCACUCGAUCACACAUGGGUCAUGGAUCUUACCACUCCAGUGACUCCACUAUCAUAUUCCUGGCCAGUGUUGUAUGAUUUGAUUUUUCUACUUUCGGUGUUGAUCAUGAUUCAUCGCGAAGAUAGAUGGAUGGAUGGACAUCUAAUCACACGAAGAGCCGGAUCUCCUCACGAGCUUCGACCAGGUUCCGCGAAGGUGGAUGGACAUCUAAUCGCGCGAAGAAUCGGAUCUCCUCACGAACUUCGACCAGGUUUCGUCGAAAAGUUGCUGAAUGAGCAUUUUUAA